AUGGGUUCCUUGUGGUUCACAGACAAUUUCCAGCUUGCUAGGGUGUCGCAGGUGUGGCUUUUUGUGUUGUUAGUCGCUGUUACAGUGAAAUUUAACUUGCUAUCUGAUGUUCGGCAUGGUUUUAGACAAAAUAGAUCUGUAGAGACAGCAACUUCUGACUUUUUGAAUGAUGUUUAUUCACAAUUCGAUCAAGGCAAUCAUGUAGUAAGCAUGAUGUUCGAUCUUCCUAACACAUUUGAUAUUCUGAAUAAAAAUAUCAUCUCAGAAAAUGUAGAAUCAGAUAGAGUAUGUAAGACAGAAGCAGCAGCCAGAGCAACAUACGAUAGCCUGCUGCCACCUGGUUUUUGUAUAAGAUGCAUGGGGAUGUUGUUUUUAUCUACAACUACUGAAGACCCGAGUCUGGAUUGCGUCAGUCGAGAAGUACUUGAGAUGGGCAUGUAUGUUUUCGACUACAUCAUCCCAUUUUUGUACUCAAUAUCCAUGGUAUUUAUCCGAUGGCUGUACUUAGACGUAAUCGUAAGCAUUUGGCAGAUAAGCUGGCAUUAG